AUGACUGUCGCAUUCAGUAAUACAAACGAUGUCGAGCCAGUAUCUGAUUUCCCCACGAAUGCAGCUGCAAAUCGACGUAUGAAUAUGCAAAGAAUGCAAAAUGUCCUCCUGAUUUGGUUAGACAACAAUAUUAAAAAUAAUAAUGCUGAUUGUAAUAAUACAAUCAAACAAUUGAAGCGUGUAGUUAACAACGUAAACACAUUUACUGAUGCUAAUCAAUGUAUUGAAUUUAUUCGAACCAUUAACAACAACAAAGUAUGUAUGAUUGUUUCUGGUUCACUUGGGAAACAUGUUGUGCCUCAUGUGCAUGACAUGUCUCAAGUCGAUACCAUUUUUAUUUUUUGUAACAACCGAGAAUGGCAUAAACAAUGGAUUAAACAAUGGCCUAAAGUAAAUGGAGUCUUCACAGAUACAACAUCAAUCUGUGAAGCUCUUAAACAAGCAGCUCGCCAAUGUGAGCAAAAUGCCAUCUCAAUCAGCUUUGUGGUACCAAACAAAACAUUGGAUCAAUUAGAUCCAUCGUUUAUGUAUACUCAGAUUCUGAAAGAGAUCUUAUUAACCAUCAAUUUCAAAGACAAAUAUUUCAACGAAUUUAUUGCGUAUUGCCGUGAUGUAUAUGACGAUGAUGAAAAUGAAUUGAAAAAUGUUAAUCAAUUACAAAUAACAUACAAAAACAAGAUACCUAUAUGGUGGUAUACAUGGGAUGCAUUUUUAUAUCGUAUGCUUAAUUGUACCUUAAGAUUAAUGGAUGUUGAUACUAUUGUUCGAUUGGGUUUCUUUAUUAAUGAUCUACAUCGUGAUAUUCAACGACUACAUUCGGAACAAUUUCAUGGCCAUCAAUCAGGUAAAAUAUUUACAGUUUAUCGUGGACAGGGUCUUUCGAAAGAAAAUUUCGUCGAAAUGACAAAAACUAAAGGUGGACUUCUUUCAUUUAAUAACUUUUUAUCAACCAGUAAAAAUCGUAGUACUGCUCUUAAAUUUCUGCAACAAGUUGCUACAAAUCCUGAUCUUGUUGGAAUUCUAUUUGUUAUGUCAAUUAAUCCAACUGAUUCAACAACUCCAUUUGCUUCUGUUAGUCAUGUUAGUUAUUUUCAUAUGGAAGAUGAAGUUCUGUUUUCUAUGCAUACCGUUUUUCGUAUUGGAGCUAUUCAACCAAUGGAUGGAAAUAAUCAUCUUUAUCAAGUGAAUUUGACAUUAACCGAUGACAACGAUCGCGAUUUUCGAACUCUUAGCAAUCAGAUCCGGCAGGAGACCUUUCCAGAUGAAGAAGGGUGGUACCGAUUGGGACUAUUACUGAUUAAAAUGGGUCAAUUUACCAAAGCUCAAGAAAUUUAUAAAGUUUUACUUCAUCAAACAACCAAUGACAAUGACAAGGCAAAUACUUAUCAUCAACUAGGUCGAAUCAAAUAUUUUCAAGGAGAAUAUCAAGAAGCACUUUCUUAUUUUGAGAAAGCUCGUGAAAUUCGACAACAAUCACUUCCUUCCAACCAUCCCGAUUUGGCUAUGUCCUAUAGCAAUAUCGGUAGUGUAUAUUACAGCAUGGGUGAUUAUUCAAAAGCACUUUCAUCUCAUGAGAAAGCCCUUGCAAUUCGACAUCAAUCACUUCCUUCCAAUCAUCCCGAUUUGGGUGCUUCUUAUAGCAACAUCGGUAAUGUGUAUAAGAACAUAGGUGAUUAUCCAGAAGCACUUUUAUCUCAUGAAAAAGCCCUUGUAAUUCGACAACAAUCACUUCCCUCUAAUCACCCUGAUUUGGGUGCUUCCUAUAGCAACAUCGGUUUGGUGUAUAAGAACAUGGGUGAUUAUUCAAAAGCACUUUUAUCUCAAGAAAAAGCCCUUGUAAUUCGACAUCAAUCACUUCCCUCUAAUCACCCUGAUUUGGGUGCUUCCUAUAACAACAUCGGUUUGGUAUAUUACAACAUGGGUGAUUAUCCAAAAGCACUUUCUUAUUAUGAAAAAGACCUUAUACUUUCACAACAAUCACUUCCUUCCAAUCACCCUGAUUUGGCUAAAUCCUAUUACAACAUCGGUUUGGUAUAUUACAACAUGGGUGAUUAUCCAAAAGCACUCUCAUCUCAUGAAAAAGCCCUUACAAUUCGACAACAAUCACUUCCUUCUAGUCAUCUUGAUUUGGCUGCGUCCUUUAACAACAUCGGUUUGGUAUAUAAUAGUAUGGGUGAUUAUCCAGAAGCACUUUCAUCUCAUGAAAAAGCCCUUGCAAUUCGACAACAAUCACUUCCUUCCAAUCAUCCUGAUUUGGCUAUGUGCUAUAACAACAUUGGUAAUGUGUAUAAGAACAUGGGUGAUUAUUCAAAAGCGCUUUUAUCUCAAGAAAAAGCCUUUUCAAUUCGACAACAAUCACUUGCUUCCAACCAUCCUGAUUUAGCUAUGUCCUAUAACAACAUCGGUUUGGUAUAUAACAGCAUGCGUGAUUAUCCAAAAGCACUCUCAUCUCAUGAAAAAGCCCUUACAAUUCGACAACAGUCACUUCCUUCCAAUCAUGCUGACUUGGCUAAUUCCUAUAACAACAUCGGUUUGGUAUAUAACAGCAUGCGUGAUUAUCCAAAAGCACUUUCUUAUUAUGAAAAAGACCUUGCAAUUCGACAACAAUCACUUCCUUCCAAUCAUCCUGAUUUGGCUAAAUCGUAUUACAACAUCGGUUUGGCGCAUUACAACAUGCGUGAUUAUCCAAAAGCACUAUCUUAUUAUGAAAAAGCUCUUACAAUUCGACAACAAUCACUUCCCUCCAAUCAUCCUGAUUUGGCCAUGUCUUUUAACAACAUCGGUGCGGUGUAUGAGAAUAUGCGCAACUAUUCAAAAGCUCAUUCAUUUUAUGAACGUGCUGUACAAAUCGGUCAACAAAAAUUACCAACAAAUCAUCAUAGUCUUCAAUUAUAUAGGAAAAACCUCGAACGUACGAAAAAACAAUUUUAA